AUGUUACAGCCCGACGAUGUCAAGACAGAUCACUAUGCCGCCUUGGGCGUCUCCAAGGAAACCGACCUAACCAAGAUUCGUGGAGCCUAUCGAAAGCUCGCCUUAAAUCUCCACCCCGACAAGAUCAAGGAUGAAUCACAACGCGAAUCCGCGCGAGAAGAAUGGCAUCGCGUUCAGAAAGCAUACGAGAUUCUCUCCGACGAUAAAGACCGAUCCGCUUAUGAUAAUGGACGAGCCAAAGCACCGACGAACCGAUUCCUCAUAUGCCUCGCCACGAGGAGUGGCAGUGCCUCGGCCCGUGAAAUGCGAAAUGGUCAUAUUGUCGAAGAGCGUGUCCCAAUGGAGAGCUACUUCGAUGAAGCGAUGCGAUUCACCGACGAGCCCAACCCAAUGGGUCGCAAGAACGAUGAUUUCGGCCGUCGAACGAAACCAAAGCCAACUGAUGAUAGGAAGAAGGCUCGCGUGCCAACGAGCAGUCAGCGCGCGGCUAAGGACCUUCGCGAAUCGACCAAGGCAUCGAAUGCCGACCGGGCCAAGAAGCUCGAUCGAGAGCGUCGCCGCGACGUUUCCGCCAAGUAUGAAGAGAAAUUUGAUUCCUACUCCCCGAGGAUAGUAGAUUCGGAAAGUGAGUAUGAAUCUAGUGGCCCUGAAAUCUAUCUACGGACCAGGGAACCCUCUUCCUCGCGACGAACGAGGGAGUCAAUUCCUCGGGAGUCACGAUCGCGCCCGACAAGGCCGGCCCCCCGUCGCCGCGAUACCUAUUAUGAGGAUGAGGAUUAUUCCGAGGAUGCCUGGCAAAGUAAGGUGUACGGUGCCCAGGAGCAUAUUCAACGUUCGAAGCAUGAACAAGAUGCUCGACCAAGGUCGUCUCGAUCCCCACCGCGACGCCGUGGUUACGACUCGGGGGAACCAGAAACAUCUGCCUCGCGGCGCGCGGCUCGGUCCUCUCGGUCAACCAGGGAUCGCGAGCGUUCCUCAUCUCGCAACAAUUCAUAUGACAAAUUAGACUCCCGCAGUGGAGAUUAUUUCAAACCACCAAAGAUGCCCUCCGCGACCACUUCGCCUAACGUGAAGUCGUCAAUGAGACCUUCGCUGUUCACCCGUGCAACCACUGCGACCGCCACUGCUUUUACCCGACCCAAGCGGGAAAGCUCCAGCCGCAAUGAUUCCAGUCUCGACCAAAUGGUCCGUGAACAGGUUCCCCCGUCGCGAUCUUCGAAGCUGCGCAACAAUGAUUCCGGUUACUCCAGUUCCAGCACCCCGGAGAUGCCCCAGCACAGUCAUUCGCCCAAGGUGACCGCUCGCUAUACAAUCGAUCCCGAAACAAUCACCAUCGAGCCUUCGAAGUCGAAGUAUCGUAUGGCAUCGCCCGAUCGGGAUCGUCCUACCCGCACCAUGCCCCCGCGUGCCAACACCUUUGCCGAGCCAUCCCGCAUCGAGAUCCGCUCCGUGAAGCCCUCCGUGAAGCCCUCCCGAACCUAUACCGAUGUCGAAUACACUCGACCCGUGGGACGCAGCGAUAUUAAAUACGCCAAGGAUAUUCGCCCUGGCGAUGCGAGCUACUCGCCCAGUCGCUCUCAGAAGAUCCCAUCUUCUUACUACAACGAACGUCAUCCUCCUCCAAGCAGACGCCAGUCUACCGCCGCAUAA